AUGAAACAAUUACACAAACAAACAAGCGUAAAUCACAGGAGAGAUGAUGAAAUCCCUACUUCUCAAUCAACUCAAUCCUACUCACCUAAGACGCUAAAACACUCAAGAUCUCUUCCUAGAUCCAUUCAUUAUAUCUUCAAAGAACAACGUCUUCUUUUCAUUCUUGUUGGCAUUUUAAUUGGUUCCACUUUCUUCAUUUUCCAGCCUACUCUUUCCCGCCUUAACCCAUCGGAUCCAACUACCCAUUCGUCUAUCUCCACUUCAAUUUACCAUCUCAACCGAGAUUCCUCAUCUGGUUCCUCCGGUUUUUUCUCAAAGGGAGCGUUUCCAGGCCGGGUCCCAGCUGGGAUCGGGAGGAAGAGGUUGCGUGUUGUGGUUACUGGUGGAGCUGGAUUUGUUGGGAGUCAUUUGGUGGAUAAAUUGAUUUCGCGGGGUGAUGAGGUUAUUGUGAUUGAUAAUUUUUUUACUGGGAGGAAAGAUAAUUUGGUUCAUUUGUUUGGGAAUCCGAGGUUUGAAUUGAUUAGACAUGAUGUUGUUGAGCCUAUUUUGUUAGAAGUUGAUCAGAUCUAUCACUUAGCUUGUCCUGCUUCGCCGGUUCAUUAUAAGUACAAUCCCACGAAUGUGAUGGGCACACUCAAUAUGUUGGGUUUGGCGAAGAGGGUAGGGGCAAGGUUUUUGUUAACGAGCACAAGUGAGGUUUAUGGAGAUCCACUUGAGCAUCCGCAGAAGGAGACCUAUUGGGGAAAUGUGAAUCCAAUAGGUGAGAGGAGUUGCUAUGAUGAAGGAAAACGGACGGCGGAAACAUUAGCCAUGGAUUAUCACCGAGGUGCAGAUGUUGAGGUGCGUAUUGCUCGCAUUUUUAAUACAUAUGGGCCGCGCAUGUGUUUGGAUGAUGGUCGUGUUGUCAGUAAUUUCGUUGCUCAGGCCAUCCGCAAACAGCCAAUGACUGUAUAUGGUGAUGGGAAACAAACUAGGAGCUUCCAAUAUGUUUCGGACCUGGUUGAUGGGCUGGUGGCUCUAAUGGAAGGCGAGCAUGUGGGGCCUUUCAACCUUGGCAACCCAGGAGAGUUCACCAUGCUAGAGCUCGCAGAGGUUGUCAAAGAGACUAUUGAUUCAAGUGCAACAAUAGAAUUCAGACCCAACACUGCUGAUGAUCCACAUAAGAGGAAACCAGAUAUCAGCAAAGCAAAGGAGCUGCUGAACUGGGAGCCAAAAAUUUAUUUGAGAGAAGGAUUGCCCCUCAUGGUGAAUGAUUUCCGGAAUCGCAUUUUGAACGGAGAUGAAGGGAAAGGGCUUUAA